AUGGCCUUCCGUCAGGGUCCCACUAUGCAAAAAUCAAGAGAAAUUCCACUCCUCAAUUUUCUUCUUUUUCCCCCGUAUCGCCACACAGGAAGGCCAUGGGGACGUAAAAUUGUAUCAACUUAUUCCGACCUAAGCGAAAAUCAGUCACAAGGCUAUUGUAACUAUGCGGCUCCUAUAAAUGAGGGGAUUGACAGUAAUUUGAAGGUGGGGGAUUUAGUUAUAGCUCAAAAACUGAUGGGAUCUGUACUUGUUAUGGUCCAACACAGUGGACAAUGGAUUGUAGAAAAUACAUAUGCAGAUUUUCAAGUUAUUGGAAUCAUGAUACCAAAAGAUUCAUCAUAUUUGGAUAUGCUGAAUCAAAUAUCAAAUGAGCUGAAAUUGAAUCUACAAGAACAUAGAAUUGAGGUCAAGUAUCAAGUUAAGAAUCAGUAUCCACCGUUAAAGAUUACUGAUGAUUCGAGCUUCAAAUUUUACAUGGAAAUCAAAAAAAUGCAAACAGACUUUACCAUGUACCCUCUUUGCGUAGAUGUUCAUAGUGAUACACUACUGAUACAAGCAACCCAACAGAGUUCAAGAAGUAUAUCUACAGGUAUUUCAUAUUCAGAUUAUACUAACAAUCAUCAAUUUACAGAGAUGGAAGUGGAUACAUCUGCGAUACAUCUACCAUACAGUGGCGAUACCUUUUCAGAAAUAAGAAAAUAUGCUACUCUACUUGCAAAGGACAGUGUUGAAACAAGCAGUAUGAAUGAAAAAGAAAUGGUAACAGAAGAGAAAAGUGCACAAACAGUGACUGAACCAGUGCAAGAGAUACAAUUAAAAGUUGGACAAUCUUUCAAAAACAAAGGAAUUCUUCAAACAUGCAUGAGAUUUCACGCAAUUAGACAUCACUAUCAGCACAAGACUGUCAAAUCUUGUCAAAAGCAACUUCUACUGAGAUGUAUCAAUGAUACUUGUGAUUGGUAUCUUAAAGCUUCUAGCAGCGGGAAAUCAAAAUUGUUCAUCAUCCGAAACCUGAACAUGAAGCACACAUGUCCUGUAGAUACAAGAUUUAACAGCCAGAGACAAGCUUCAUCGUCAUAUAUUGCAGAAUCCAUCAAACAGAAAUACCUCAAUCUCAAAUCGACAUACACACCAACUGAUAUCAAAAAUGAUUUAGAGAUGAUCGAUGGGGUCAAGGUUAGCUAUAUGAAGGCUUAUAGAUCAAGAGAAAAGGCAUUUGAAAUGAUACGAGGCAAUCCAUCAGAAUCAUAUAAAUUUCUACCAACUUUCUUACAAAUGCUUGGAACGACAAAUCCAGGAUCAGCAAUUGAUAUUCAGGUGACAGAAGACCAUUAUUUCUUAUAUGUUUUUACUGCCUUGAAUUCUUCAAUUAAAGGGUGGCAGCACUGCAGCCCCGUUAUGAUUGUUGAUGGAACGUUUUUAAAAGCGGCAUAUGGUGGAACCCUUCUUGUUGCAACAGCACAAGAUGCAGCUGGAAAACUUUUUCCUUUAGCUUUUUGCAUCGUAGAUUCAGAGAAUGAUAAGUCAUGGGAAUAUUUUUUCAGUCAAAUUAGAAAUGCAUUUGGAACAAGAGCAGGUAUGUGCAUUGUAUCAGAUAGACAUCUGAGCAUUGAUAAUGCAGCAAAAAAAAUAUAUCUGGAGGCUGAUCAUUGCUUGUGUAUCUUCCACCUUCUGAAUAACAUCAAGACAAAUUUCAAAAGAAGUGCAAAGAAAGUGAAAGAGCCAUUCAUUGCAGCAGCAAAAGCAUACACGGAGAAGGAUUUUAAUUAUCAUAUGAAUGAGCUAGACGACAUAGAUACACGGAUUAAGCCGUAUCUUCAUGGUAUCAAAUACAAAAUAUGGUCAAGGUACCACUCAGAAUGCAACAGAUAUAAGACAAUGACUUCGAACCCAGCCGAGUCAUUAAACGCAACAAUAAAGCAUGCAAGAGAACUGCCGAUCGCAACGCUCCUUAUGUAUUUACAUGACCUCCAACAAGAGUACUCCUACAAGCAUAGAAACAUUGCCAUGUACACUAUGACAAAAAUGACAAAAAGGCAUGAAGAUGUGCUAGCACAGAGUUAUGUUAAUUCACUCAAAUUACAGGUAAAACAUUCUACAAAUGAAGUGAUCACAGUGUUGAAUGGUGGCAUCAAAUACACAGUCGACAUGAAAGAUAGAACAUGCACUUGCAAGAGAUUUGAAAUUGAUGAAAUACCGUGUCAACAUGCAGUAGCAAUUAUCAAUGAAAUGAACCGAGAUCCUUAUCAGUAUUGUUCAAUCUACUACAUGAAAGAAACUAUGCUAGCAACGUAUAGUGAAACAGUAUUUCCAAUGGCGAAAGAAGAUGAAUGGGAUGUACCGCAAGAAGUAAAAGACUUUAUUGUAUUCCGCCGCAGCAUAAAACAAAAAGCGGAAGGCCAAAAAAGGAAAGGUUUAAACAUACUUGGGAAAAACUGA